GACAAGCUAACCUGCUGACGGGACUGCUCACCCUCCAUGCGGCUGCGCCCUCAUUAGGGCGUGAGGCCGCUGGUAUCACCAGCGCCUGUGUCUCUUAUUGUGUUCUUUUCAUCUCGUGUAGACAAGAAAAAAAAGUCCAGCCAUAGAAGUAUUACUCUGGCCACCAGUAUCAAUGUUUCGGGAUAAGUCUUGAUCGCCGUUGUCAUCGCCACCUCCUUCCAGCUUCUCCCGAACCCGGGGCGGCGCCCGAGGAACGGUGCGAGUUCCUGGAGGAGGUGAUCGAGGAGGUCCUGGCUUGGCGGCCGUACGUGCGUGGGGGCAGGAUCUUGUACCUCGGCCCGGGCUGGAUUUGCGGUCUCGGGAGGGAGCCCUCCCGCCUAGCGCAGGACGCCGAUCACGUGACUUUCGUCCUCCACAUGCCGAGCGCAGCAAAGGGCGGCGCCAGUGUCCCGUUGGAAAGGUUAGCGGAUAACGUCACCUGCAAGUGUGCCGACGUCAAUGAACUGAGCUUUCCCCCGAGUUCCUUCGAGAUGGUCGUGGGUGCUUGGGUCCUCUCUGGCCUCAGCGACCUCCAAGCGAACGACUUCUUGCACCGCGUCCUCGACUGGCUGGUGCCUGAGGGCCACUUCGUCUUCCGAGAGGCGUGCGGCUUCCACGAAGGCCCCAGGCCUUCCAACAGCACACUGCCGAGGUCUGCUGUGUCCUACUGCCAGAUGCUGCACUCGGUCAAUGCCGGUUCCUCUGCAUUCGCCGUCUUACGGGCCAAGAGUUUAAUGUCAUACAUCAUUCACGAGGGCGACCCCGUCAAGAUGUGCUUUCUGGCCCGGCGCUCGCAGGAGGGCAGCGCCGCCCAGCACGCCGUGGACAUACGCUACUCAGAGGCAUUCAUCCUUAAACUGGAGUGGUUGCUCGGUCACACUUGGGUCUCCACUGGAGGCGAGUCAACCACAAGG